AUGCUAACAUUGUAUCUUCUAUAACAGGUGGUGCUGGAAGUAAACAGUGAAUUUAUUGUUGAGGUGAAAGAAUUAGACGUUGAAAAUGGCACUACAAAAUGGCAAACAGUCAGAAGACAAAAGCGGGAGUGGAUCAAGUUUGCCGCAGCCUGUCGAGAAGGAGAGGACAAUUCGAAGAGAAAUCCAAUUGCCAAAAUUCGAUCAGACUGUGAAGUGAACCAGAAGAUUACAUACCGCAUCUCAGGGGUGGGGAUUGAUCGACCACCUUAUGGAGUAUUCACCAUUAAUCCUCGGACUGGGGAAAUUAACAUCACUUCAGUGGUGGACAGAGAGAUAACUCCGAUUUUCUUGAUCUAUUGUCGGGCCCUGAAUUCACGGGGUGAAGAUUUAGAAAUGCCUCUUGAGCUUAGAGUCAAAGUAAUGGACAUAAAUGAUAACCCUCCAGUAUUUACACAAAAUGUGUAUGUAGCCAGUAUUGAAGAGAACAGUGAUGCAAACACACUGGUAGUAAAGUUAAGUGCCACAGAUGCAGAUGAAGACAAUCAUCUGAAUUCUAAAAUCGCCUACAAAAUCAUCUCCCAGGAGCCCACAGGUGCACCCAUGUUCAGUCUGAACAGGUACACUGGAGAACUCUGCACGAUGUCCACUUUUCUUGACAGAGAGCAACACAGUAUGUACAAUCUGCUUGUGAGGGGCUCAGAUCGUGAUGGGGCUGCAGAUGGACUGUCUUCUGAGUGCGACUGUAGAAUCAAGGUGUUGGAUGUCAACGACAAUUUUCCCAAGUUAGAGAAAGCUUCAUACUCAGCAAGUAUUGAAGAAAAUUGUUUAAGUUCAGAACUGAUGCGAUUACAAGCACUUGAUCUUGAUGAAGAAGGCACUGAUAAUUGGUUAGCAGAUUAUUUAAUUCUCUCUGGAAAUGAUGGAGAUUGGUUUGAUAUUCAAACAGACCCACAAACUAAUGAAGGCAUUUUGAAAGUUGUCAAGAUGCUGGACUACGAACAAAUGCCUAAUAUUCAACUUAGUAUUGGGGUUAAAAACCAAGCUGAAUUUCACCAUUCUGUUGCCUCUCAAUUCCAAAUGCACUCAACUCCCGUAAGAAUUCAAGUUAUUAAUGUGAGAGAAGGACCCACAUUUCAUCCAAAUUCUAUGACUUUCAGCAUACGAGAAGGAAUAAAAGGAAAUUCCUUACUGAAUUAUGUGCUUGGCACAUACACAGCCGUAGAUUUGGACACAGGAAAUCCUGCAACAAAUGUCAGAUAUAUCAUAGGACAUGAUGCAGGCAGCUGGUUAAAAGUUGAUUCAAGGACUGGUGAGAUACAAUUUUCUAGGGAAUUUGAUAAGAAAUCAAAAUAUAUUACCGAUGGGAUAUACACAGCAGAGAUCCUGGCUAUAGAUGACGGUGCUGGGAAAACAGCUACAGGAACCGUAUGUAUCGAGGUUCCUGAUAUCAAUGAUUACUGUCCAGUCAUUUCUGCUGAAAGUAAAACCAUCUGCAUUGACUCUCCAUCAGUCCUUAUCUCUGCGAGAGACAUUAGUGGCCAUUCUCAUGGGUCUCCCUUUACUUUCUGUGUUGUUGAUCAGGCACCAGGGACAGCUGACUUAUGGGAUAUCAGAUCCAUAAAUGCUACCUCUGCAAUCCUUAUGGCUGUGCAGCCUUUAUUUCCUGGACUUUACCAAAUCCCAAUCUUGAUAACGGACAGCUAUGGCAGAGCAUGUGAAAUCCCACAGAUCCUGCAGUUAGAUGCCUGUGAUUGUGACAGCAACCACAUGUGCUUGUACUCUAGUACCACCAGCAUCUCUACUGAGGUCAUCAGCGUGGCUACCGGUGACGUUUAUGGGUCUGUCACUGAUGACCGAACUGGAGAUUCAAAUGUUGGUCUCGGACCUGCAGGGAUUGGCAUGAUCGUUCUGGGCCUCUUACUUCUGCUCCUGUCACCACUCUUGCUGCUCAUGUGUUGCUGCAAACGAAGACAGCCAGAAGGACUGGGAACCCGCUUUGCUCCUGUGCCGGAGGGGGGAGAAGGAGUGAUACAGUCUUGGGGAAUAGAAGGGGGACAUCCCGAGGACAGGGAUGUCUUAAACGUAGGUGUACCAAUGACAGCCUCUAACAUCCAGGAUCGUAUAGAUUCCUCUGAAAUCUACAAUAACACCUAUGCAGGUGGAGGAACGGCUGAAGGGGGUGCAUCAGGCGUGGAGCUCAAUACCGGUCUUGGAAUAGCCACUGGUCUCGUGGCAGUAGGAGGUGGAGGAGCCAUGAGGAGGAGAAGCUCAACAAUAGGAACCCUGCGGGAGUACGCCGAGACAGGCAUGAAUAUGGCCUUCUUGGACAGCUAUUUCUCUGAGAAAGCAUAUGCUUAUGCAGAUGAAGAUGAAGGUCGACCAGCAAAUGACUGCUUGCUCAUUUAUGACCACGAGGGAGUAGGGUCCCCAGUGGGCUCCAUUGGUUGUUGCAGUUGGAUUGUGGAUGACUUAGAUGAGAGCUGCUUGGAAACUUUAGAUCCAAAAUUUAGGACUCUUGCUGAAAUCUGCUUAGACACAGAAAUCGAACCGUUUCCUUCACACCAGGCCUGUAUACCUAUCAGUACUGAUCUCCCUUUGCUUGGACCUAAUUACUUUGUUAGUGAAGCUUCAGGAAUGACUCUCUCAGAGGCUGAAUUCCAGGCAGAAAUGGCAAUGCCUGAACCCAUGAUCCAUGGGAAUGUUAUAGUAACUGAGACCUACACCACUACCGAUCAAUGUGUCCAGCCCACUACAAUUGUUUUUGAUCCUCAGCUUGCACCCAAUGUUGUAGUAACCGAAACAGUAAUGGCACCUGUCUAUGACGUUCAAGGGAAUAUCUGUGUACCAGCUGAGUUAGCCAACACACACAACAUAAUCUAUACUGAGAGAGUGGUAUCUAGUCCUGGUAUGCCUGGCAUGGGCAGUAGUAGCAUGAAUGAUGGUUGUAUGGGACCUGUGAUGAGUGGCAAUAUUAUGGUAGGACCAGAAAUUCAAGUGAUGCAAAUGGCGAACCCAGAUCUUCACAUGAGCCAAACUGUUGGCACCACAUCCCCGAUGACCUCUCGACACAGAGUAACACAAUAUAGUAAUAUACAUCACUCCCAGCAGUAAAUGUUUUAUGGUUAGCAUUCUAUAUGGGGAUAUUGCACCAUGUAAUUUCUAAUAUACUCACCAAAAAUAUAUAAUGACUGUACCAUAUUUAACAUGUUAAUAGCCAACAGAUAUUCUCAAUUCAAUGCUGCUCUUUUGAUCAUACCUUUUUGGGGUAUAAAUACAGUGAAACAUUUUAGAUCAGCCUAUUUUAAUUCUUUCUUUCUAAUUAAAAAAAAAAUGUGCCAAAAACUUGAAGAAAAUGUGUUGCAGCCUUUGACACUAUAUCUAAUAGCACAUAACUCAUAUUGUAAAUCCUAGAGGUCUUGAGACUGCCAGAACCAAUCAAUGCAAACUGUUAUGCCCCUCGGGCUUUGAGAUUGCAAAAAAGCCUCGCCUGCAUUCACCAGUCAUAUUUACCUUUAAAGAAAUUUCUAUUAAAAAUCACUUAAUAAAAAUUUCUAUUAAAAAUUGCUAAAAUUUCUAUUAACAUUUUUAAUUGAAAAAGUGAAUGAAAUGUAUGUUCCUAAAAGGAAAAGAAAAAUGGAGCUUCUAUCAAUAGACAUCUGAAGCCACAGACAUCUUUAAACAGUUUCUCAAGAGAUGGAAUAGUUAGAAAAUGCUUAAAGUAAUAUUUGGGUUCACCAGCUGAAUGCAUCUCUGGAAAUGGAUCAUCAAAAGGAAUUAUAUUUAUUAUAUAUAUGUAUAUAAACAUAUACAUAUAAAUCAGUAUGAAUGAAUUUUGAUUGCACUUUAUUGCUUGUUAUCAUUAACUGUAAACUAAUAUAGAAUAGCAAAAAAAAAAAAAAAAGACAAUCCUAUGGUAGAAAUAAUUCUUGGGGGAAGUACUGGAGUUUUUCCCCUUUAUAGGGAAUUUUUUCCAUACUUUUGCUAAUUAUGUCAGAAAAAUGUAUAAAAUAUGUUUUAAUCUGUUCCACUGACUUGAGUCUAGAGCUUUCUUUUGGCAACCAGAUUUUCCACCCAAAAGCACCUCUGUAAUUAUUCAUAUACUCAACAAAUAUUUUCUUAAAAGCUACUUUGUGGUAAGUGCUGGUCUUAAUAUAUAAUGAUAUAUAUAAGUGAGGAAGACAGACAUAAUUCCUGCACUCACAGAGCUUCUAAUUCUUUUAUAGAUUUGAAAUAGGACUCUGGGGAUAUUGAGUUCCUACUGAGAAUAAUCAACAAAAUAUUUAAAUCCAUUACCAAGUUGUCUUUCUCUUCCUAACAUUACUACUUAUGUUGAAUGAAUGAAAUGGAACAUGUGCACAAAUAGCUUAUUUUUAGUAGGCACAAAGCUGGCUUAAGAAAAGGAAAUUCUAGCAAGGUAGCUUUAUUUAAUUCUGUAAAAUAUGUAAAUUAUACAGUAGUAACUAUAAUGUGACCAGUA